AGUAAUCCCAACUGUGAAAUAAAACCACUACUUUUGGGGAUCAGUCUAUCUGUUCUGUGCUUUGUAUUCGGAAUAAAAGAAGCAGAUUGAAGAACUCCUAUCAGAUUUUUUUCUUAAUAAUUUUUGACAGGACAGUGUAAAUAAAAGCUAAGUAAUUUGCGGAUAAAUAUAGCCUGCUGUACGUACGGUGCGUAGCGUUGUUAGAUAUCGUACGGGUCCGGGUACGUGGAAAUUGCAUAUGCACACGUAGUGCACGUUGAUUCGAACGGUCGUGGACGACAUUUCAGAUCAUCGAAAAUAACUUGAUUUUGGAGCAAAUCUUCAGUGAUUCGCCGAGACUUCCAAGAUGGUUGAAGGAGGAGCGAAAUGCAUCAAAUACUUGAUGUUCUUUUUCAACUUCAUUUUCUUUCUGAGUGGCAUAGCGAUCAUCAUCGGCGGUGCCCUGGUUUUCACCCAGUACAAUGAUUACGUUAAAUUCACCAAAUCAUUGGGCGAGGCCAUCCCCAUUUUUCUGCUCGUAGUUGGUGUCUUCGUCGUCUGCACUGGUUUCCUUGGCUGCUGGGGAUCUAUCAGGGAAAACUAUUGCAUGGUCGCCAUGUUUGCUGUUAUCAUCGUGAUCCUGCUGCUUGCUGAACUUGGUGGGGGCAUAGCUGGAUACGUACUCCGAGAUGACAUCAAGAGCACCAUUGAGGACAGCAUGAACGAAACAUUGGACGAGUACUUCAAAAACAAUGCCACCAAGACGCUCCUUGACAAUUUGCAGCAGGAUUUCAAAUGUUGCGGAGUCGACAGCUACAAGGACUGGUACCAGGAAUACAAAAGAGACGAAGUGCCGAAGUCAUGCUGUAAGAACGAGACUGGGACCUGUCCUGUCGACCCCCCCGUCGAAAAGGACAUCUACACCAAGGGUUGCUUGGACGCACUGUAUGAUUUUCUGGAGAAAAACAUUGUCGUCAUUGCCGGCAUCGCCAUCGCUAUUGCUGUGGUUCAGAUCUUUGGCGUCGUGUGCGCAUGUUGUCUCAUGCGGUCCAUCAAGAGCGAGUACGAGGUUGUGUAAGAGAUGGUGUAAGGACAUCUCCGCUAGCCUGCAAAUUGAUCAGCAGCGCACCAGCAGAAGGUAUCCACAGGUUUUAGUUGAUACAGUCACAGCCAUGGUUGAAGAUUUAGUGGACUCUCAUUCAAGAUUUAGUGGAGUCUCAUUGAAGAUUUAGUGGAGUCUCGUUGAACAUCUAGUUCAAUGUCCCUGAAGAUUUAGUGGACUCUCAUUGAAGAUUUAGUGGACUUCACUGAAGAUUUAGUGGACUCUCAUUGAAGAUUUAGUGGACUUCACUGAAGAUUUAGUGGACUCUCAUUGAAGAUUUAGUGGACUUCACUGAAGAUUUAGUGGACUCUCAUUGAAGAUUUAGUGGGACUCUCAUUGAAGAUUUAGUGGAGACUCAUUGAAGAUUUAGUGGACUUCACUAAAGAUUUUGUGGACUUUCGUUGAAAAUUUAGUGCGACUCUUAUUGAAGAUUAAGUGGACUCUUAUUGAAGAUUAAGUGGACUCUCAUUGAAGAUUUAGUGGACUCUCAUUGAAGAUUUAGUGGACUGUCACUGAAGAUUUAGCGGACUUUCACUCAAGAUUUAGUGGACUCUCAUUGAAGAUUUAGUGGAGACUCAUUCAAGAUUUAGUGGACUCUCAUGAACUAUGUAGUGGAUUCGCAUCCACCAUUUAAUGGACUCUUGUAAUCAUUGUCAGAGAUUGUCAGUUUCAUAUCCUUCCAUAUAUAACAACCAUGGCUGUGAAUGGGUCAACAAUUUAAAGCAGUUUUUCAAUGCAUAUUUUUUUUUUUACCAUUUUAGUAGAUGGGUAAAUGAGUGUAUGGAAAAAAUGGACAGAAACUCACAGAAUUCAAGUUUGGUAAAAACAUACUACUGAAGAUCAGUAGGAAAGGUUAACAACAAUGGUAUGAUUUAAAUGAGAUGAAUUGACUUUACAUUUAUUUUGUCACUCUUGCAAACUGUUUUUAUGGAAAAUAAAAGAGUGUUUCUGUUUAUUGACAAGGGCCGUAUCACGCAUGUAACCAGGAAUUUGGGGAAGUCGUUUAUCCUUGUGUAGAGGAUCCGUAGAUAACGCGCCUAAUCAUGUGUUGUUAGCUAGCUGUUUAUUUUUGUCCUAAA